AUGGCAACCUUUGGAGAAAUUGGGAUCUCAUAUGCCAUGAACAUUGACUUUGCCUUUGCUUUAUUGCUGGCUAUGCUAUUCUUAGGUUUCUUGUAUAGAAACAUUAAAAAAGAGUAUCAGUUGACCAAGAGUUGUUCCUCAGAGUAUCCAUGCUUUCAGGAAUUCAAGAGUUUCCUAGCUAGCAAGAAGGUUGUUCCAAAAGUGGCCUUCAUGUUCUUGACUAGAGGUGCACUGCCCCUAGCACCCUUGUGGGAGAAAUUCUUCAAUGGCCACCAUCACCAAUUUUACUCCAUUUACGUGCACCGACAUCCUUCUUUCAAUGCUACCGUGCCAAAACAUUCUGUAUUCUAUGCAAGAAACAUUCCUAGCCAGAUAGUGACCUGGGGCAGAGAAACAAUGAUGGAGGCUGAGAGGCGUCUUCUGGGAAAUGCACUAAUGGACUUGUCCAAUCAACGUUUUGUGUUGCUUUCAGAAUCCUGCAUCCCAUUAUUUGGCUUCAGAACUGUGUAUGACUAUCUCAUGAACUCAAACACUAGCUUCUUAAGCUCCUAUGAUGAUCCAGGAAAAGAUGGCAGAGGAAGAUACAUGCCAGAAAUUUUGUGGCCUAUGGUUAACAUAACCGAUUGGAGAAAAGGGUCUCAAUGGUUUGAAAUGCAUCGUGAGCUUGCCAUUCACAUUGUGUCUGACACCAAAUACUUCCCCAUAUUUCGGCAACUAAGUUUUAGUACUUCAAUUUUAUUUUUGGAAGAGCAUUACAAACAAACUUUGGUGCAUAUGAAGUACCCUCACUUAAGCUCCAAUCGUAGCGUCACUUGGGUGGAUUGGUCAUGGCCUGGUGCUCAUCCUCGAACAUUUGUGUGCAAUGAUAUUUCAAAGGACUUUCUGAACCUCGUUCGCUUUCGAUCAACAUGUGUUUAUGAAGGGAACACCACCAACAUGUGCUUCCUUUUUGCAAGAAAGUUUCAUCCUGACACAUUGAAGCCUCUAUUAAGACUGUCUCCCAUGUUGCUUGGUAGUUAGAUCUUACAGUUACAGGGUUUGUGACUUGUGUUGUUAGAGAAUCAAUAAUCUCUCAUACGAGAGAAAAAUCAUCUA